UGGAGUUCAUUGGAAGUUGCUUUGGAGAAAAGCGUCUGCUAAAUAAAUAAAUGUAAAUUAGGUGUUAUUAAUCAAUAAUAAUUGGUCUGCUUUUUUGUAUGAUAACCUCACGAAAUGGGUGUGUGUGUGUGUGUGUGUGUGUGUGUGUGUGUGUGUGUGUGUGUGUGUGUUGAGAUUGCAGCUGAAAAGUCCAUAUUUGGAAGCAGGCCUUAUAAGCCUUUUUUCAUGUGGUGGCUUCCGUCUAGGGUGGCUUUCUUGAAAAUUCUAGACUGAAAAUAGAUUUUUUUUUUUUUUUCUUCUUUUUUUGUGGCACAUCUAAGUUCUCACCAGGUGAACUCCCGAGACCGUGCACCGCGUUUUUCCCGGCUGCCCGUCUUGACACGCUUCCUCGAUCGAGGCUCGAUUGCGCGGCGCGUUAUCCUACCUGUGGAUCUGCGGUGAUUUAGCGUCGGCUCGGGACUCGGGGUGUGGGCUGGGCGGAGGGGUGGAGGAAGGAGAAGGUGAGCGCCUGUGCGAGACGGCGUGCGGAGCAGAUCAGGAAGAGGAUCGCUCGAGGACUCUCCCCUCGGAGCCUACUGAGACAUGCAGUUCUGGAAUUUCCUGAGCUGUGCCUCCGGAGAUAUUUCAAGGAUAUCCUACUAUGCAGAAUAUGACAGGCCCCUAGCACCCAACAAAGCCAUGGCAGCAUCGAAUCUGGACCCCAGGUUAAACCACACCCUGGGUCCCGGGGCCAGGUCCCGGUUUAGCCAGGGGCCCGAGCGCUCGCCGGGGGCCCCGGACCGGGUGCUCAAGGUCUUCCACUACUUCGAGAGCGACAGCGAGCCUGGUGUCUGGGCCAGCAACAUCCGCCACGGAGACGGCACCGACGUGCGGGGUAUCAUCCAGAGGUUCGUGGACAUCCACAAGGUGAGGAGCGCCCCCUGUUUCGGCCUGCGCCUCAGCCACCUGCGCUCAGGGGAGGUCCACUGGCUCCAUCCCGACCUGGGCGUGUCCCACGUCAGGGAGAAGUACGAGCUGAAUCAACCGCACGACGACUGCAGGUAUGAGCUACGGAUUCGCUAUCUGCCAAAAGGGUUCUUAAACAAGUUCACGGAAGACAAGCCAACGCUGAACUUCUUCUACCACCAAGUGAGGAAUGACUACAUGCUGGCUAUGGCUGACCACGUAGACCAAGAUGUUGCUCUGAAGUUGGGCUGUCUGGAAAUCAGGAGAUUUUUCAGGGAUUUGCGAGGGAAUGCGCUGGACAAGAAGUCAAAUUAUGAAUUAUUAGAAAAAGAUGUGGGGUUGAAAAGAUUCUUCCCAAAAAGUUUGUUGGAGUCUGUUAAGCCCAAAACUCUGCGGAAAUCCAUUCAGCAGACCUUCAAGCAGUUUGCCAACCUCAACGAGGAGCAGAGCGUUCUCAAGUUCUUCGAAAUCCUCUCGCCGAUUUACAGAUACGACAAAGAGUGUUUCAAAUGUGCCCUCGGGUCGAGCUGGGUGAUCUCAGUGGAACUCGCUAUUGGACCCGAGGAAGGAAUCAGUUACCUGACAGACAAGGGCUCCACUCCAACCCACCUGGCCAACUUCAGCCACGUUCAGUCCAUCCAGUUCUCCAUCAACGAGGACAAGGAGAGGAAGGGCAUGCUGCAGCUCGACGUGGCCGGGGCGUCGGAGCCGCUCACCGUGACGACCACGACGCUCACCACAGCGGAGAACAUGGCCGACCUGAUAGACGGUUACUGCCGCCUCGUGAAGGGUGUGUCCCAGUCCUUCAUCGUCCGACCUCACAAAGAGGGGGAGAGAGCAUUGCCUUCAAUACCGAAAGCUGCCAACAGUGAGAAGCGACUGCAAGGAAUCAGAACACAGGUCGUCUCGGAUGAGAUUAGUGGGGAUGAGACGGACGACUACGCGGAGAUCGUAGACGAGGAGGACGUCCACACCAUGCCUUCCAAAAACUGUGGAUUUUAUAAAGCCAGGGACUAUGAGAUCCAGAGGGACCGAGUGGAGUUGGGCCGCUGCAUUGGAGAAGGACAGUUUGGGGAUGUUCAUCAGGGUAUCUACUCCACCCCGGAACACCCCUGUUUGCCUGUAGCUGUUAAGACGUGUAAAAACUGUACUUCUGACAACGUCCGAGAGAAAUUCUUACAAGAAGCCUUGACCAUGAGGCAGUUUGACCACCCGCACAUCGUGAAGCUGGUGGGCGUGAUCACGGAGAACCCGGGGUGGAUCGUCAUGGAGCUCUGCAUGCUCGGGGAGUUGCGUUCCUUCUUACAAGUGAGGAAAUACAACCUGGACCUGGCUUCGCUGAUCCUCUUUGCAUACCAGCUAAGCACAGCGCUCGCCUACCUGGAGAGCAAGCGGUUUGUACAUAGGGAUAUCGCUGCCAGGAAUGUACUGGUAUCCUCCACAGACUGUGUAAAGCUGGGAGACUUUGGCCUUUCUCGAUACAUGGAGGAUUGCUCCUACUACAAAGCUUCCAAAGGAAAACUUCCUAUCAAAUGGAUGGCCCCCGAAUCCAUUAACUUCAGGCGCUUUACCUCAGCUAGUGAUGUAUGGAUGUUCGGCGUGUGCAUGUGGGAGAUCCUCAUGUACGGAGUGAAGCCCUUCCAGGGGGUGAAGAACAAUGACGUCAUUGGCAAAAUAGAGAACGGCGAGCGGCUGGCCAUGCCGCACAACUGCCCGCCCACCCUUUACAGCUUGAUGACCAAGUGCUGGUCGUACGACCCCAGCAAAAGGCCCCGCUUCACGGAGCUAAAAGCACAACUUAGCACAAUAUUGGAGGAGGAGAAAGUUCAGCAAGAAGAACGUGUUCGCAUGGAAAUGAGACGCCAGGCCCCCUCAUCCUGGGACACGGGGGGGAAUGACGAGGCUCCCCCAAAACCUAGUCGCCCCGCUUACCCGAGCCCCCGGUGCAGCGAAGGGUUUUACCCGAGCCCCCAGCAUAUGGGCCAGCACAAUCAUUAUCAGGUUUCCGCAUACACAGACCCCCACGGAAGGCCGUGUAUGCCCAACAGGCUGUAUCCGCCCCAGGUGUCAGUCCUGGACACACAGGACCACUGGAAGCACCAUCAACCACAAGACAUCCACACAGACGGUGGUCGAAUGGACCUGCGGGGGAUGGGCCAGGGGCUUCCACCUUCUGAGAUGGAGGAGCAGUUGAUUCUACAGCAGCACCAGAUGGAGGAAGAUCAGCGGUGGCUGGAGCAAGAGGAGCGCUUUAUGAAGCCAGAAUCGAGGAAUUCAAGAGGCAGCCUCGACCAGGAGGAUGGCAGCUUGCAGGGUCCGACGGGAAACCAGCACAUAUACCAGCCCAUAGGCAAACCAGAGCAGGUGGCACCGCCAAAGAAGCCCCCCCGCCCAGGGGCCCCUGGCCUUGGAGGAGGCCACGCCAACGCGAACUCCACGGACGGCUACAAUGAAGGUGUGAAGCCCUGGAGGAUCCAGCCCCAGGAGAUCAACCCUCCCCCCACGGCCAACCUGGACCGCUCCAACGAUAAGGUUUACGAGAACGUCACGGGACUGGUGAAGGCUGUCAUCGAGAUGUCCAGCAAGAUCCAGCCAGCCAGUCCCGAGGAGUACGUGCCCAUGGUUAAGGACGUCGGUCUGGCGCUCAGGACGCUGCUGGCUGCUGUGGAUGAAACGAUACCUACGCUUCCGUCAGGAUCGCAUCGGGAGGUGGAGAUGGCGCAGAAGCUGCUCAACUCCGACUUGGCGGAGCUCAUCAACAAGAUGAAACUGGCGCAGCAGUACGUCAUGACCAGUCUCCAGCAGGACUACAAGAAGCAGAUGCUGACGGCUGCUCACGCGCUGGCCGUAGACGCCAAGAACCUGCUGGAUGUCAUCGACCAGGUGCGGCUCAGGAUGGCGACGGGAGCACGGCCUCGUUAGGGCCCCCUGCCGGAUGGACUCGGACUUCGAUGCGCCACGUCAGCGCUGCGGCGGCAGGACCCUCGCUCCUGGGUUCGGGCGUGGCGAGAAGGGACUGCGUUCCCAGUACUCCCAGCAGGACCCUCUCCCAGUACUCUUCCACCUCCUCCCAGGAUCCUGGAAUAAUUGAAAGCCUUGGAUGAACCUGAAGGGGGCGCUACAGUGUGACAGUCUGCGCAGAAGGAUACCCCCGGGCACACGGGGAGCUCCGCGGCGAACCCCAGUACACCUGUUGUACAUAUUGCAGUCCUGGGAAACCAGUGGUUUAGGGUUCAUCUUGAGGAACAUUUCAUUUUGCAUUUCUCACUCAUUUUACAUGCCACUGAGUGUGGAGAAUUCAGUAUAAAUAUAUUUGGUUCUUUUAAUUUGGUUCCACCUCUAUCAUAUAGGGGGCAUUAAGGGAAUUAAUAAAGUGACAAAAAAACA